AUGUUGCUUAGCAAGUCGUUCAAUCGCAAGCAAACGGACCCACUCUCAGGAACAUUGGGAGAAAAGAACAAUGAAUCAUUUCCAGGGCAAAAAUCAGAAAAAUUUGCAAGGCAAGCUGACGCAAAUGUAAUUCAUCCACUGCAAGAUACAAAAACGAACAUUCCUUCUCUGACUUUGCCAAGUAUGCACACUAAACCUAACCAAACAAUAUCGCAUAUCGAAGAUAGAAAAAAAGUCUCACGAACAAUCGAACAAGAAAAGAAGGAUGAAAUCAAAAAUGAAAUAAAGGGUGAAAUCAAAGAUGAAAUUAAAAAUGAUUUGGAUGCGAACAAAAUAUGCAGUCCCAUAAAUUGCACGAAAGGGAAAUAUCAAAAAGUAGAUUCGGACGCGAACGAAACUUGCAAUUCGGCAAUUUGCACGAAAAAUAGGUACAAAGAAGUAGAUUUGGAUACGAACGGAAUUUGCGUUUGUUCUGAAGGUUCUACAGAAACACUCGGCCAGCAUGAUUCGGAAGAUAAAAUCUGUCCAACGAAAUUAACCGAGAUAAUCAAUAACUCGGUCAAAGAAGCGAUGCAGAGUAUCGUCAAGCAGUGUAAAACGAAAGAAGAACGCGACGUCGAUAAAAAGCAAACGGAAGAAACCGUGUUCGACAAAGCUUGUUACGUAAACAAGGAAGGAGUUUUGGCAAAAAUGAAGUGUGAACAUCGACCAUGUACGACUCAUUGUCGAAACAGUUCGAUCAUCGAACAAUUGCGUAAAAAUAACGAACGAAAUCGGAAUCGACUGCGGGAGAGAUAUAACAGUGCUCGAGCGAACUUCAGUAACUCGAAGCUUCAGAAUAAAAAAACAAACGCGUUCGAAGAGAUGAAACGGAAGAGACACUCGUUCAACAACGUAAAAACUGACAAUCGCAGAAUGACUGGAAACGUGAACAUUUAUAUUUGCUCGGAAGCUAGCGAAAAUAUUCAAGCGGCCAGAAAACAAGACGAAUCUCAAUCGUGCGUGGGAUCGAGUUCAGGAACAACGACGGAACAGUCGAGAGUAUCAUCGAACAAACUUUUGACUUGCAUUCGAAACAAGCGCAGAAAAUCUGAAGGACAGGAUUCGUUCGAUCUGCUGCCGAGGAGCGAAGAAAGUAAGGACGACAGCACUGUCCUCAGUUCAGGAGCUUAUGAGGAUUCCAGAAGCACGAUUAAAUUAGAAAGUUGUAAUGUUCUCGACAUUUGUGACAAAGACGUCCGUGCAAAAGAUGGAUCUACUUCGAUCGAGUGCGAAUGCAAAGACACGGGUAACGACGAUACUCCCGUGGCAAUCGGCAAAUCGGAUUUGUCGUUUCAAAAGUCGAAGUUCGUGGUAUGCGACAAAUUAGAGGAACCUUGCUCCAUGGCUUAUACAAUGAAAAGUUCGUCGAACUCGAGGAGUGGAGGAUGGUCCUCGAAAUCGAUCUGCAGCAGUCGAAAUACAGAUUACACUUGGUCUGAUGCUUGGUCGAUGGAGCCUAAUUUCAGUUGUUGUACCAAGGAUAGUGAAAUACGUAGAUGGUCACUGAAAACACGCGAAAAUAUAUGUACUGAUAGAUCUGGUAUUUGGUGUAGCUGUAAAAAUAGGAGAUCCUUCUCCAAGACAGUGGGAAAAGAAUCGUGGAUGACUUGUAACUGUAUAACAGAGGAAGAAGAGGAUGUAUGCGUCGAUGUUGACAGUUGCCGAAAAUUUGAAAAGCCGCCUGUAGAAGAUGAAGAAGCAGCAACUGUUUGUUUCGAAACUUCGGAGGAUUUGGAAGGAACUGCGAGGUUUGUACCAUGUCCACAGAAAAGUGCGGAGAAAUUAAAGGAAGAUACAGAGACCUCGGAAAAGGAGGAAGAAAAAUUACCAACUGUUGAUUUGACGGAAAAGGACGAAGAGCCGAAGGAGAUUGUGCACGAUGUGCCAAAGCUCGUUCCGCCAAGAACUGUCAAACCAGAAGCAAUUAUACUUAAACAGCUUCUAAAACAAUCGAAACAAGCAAAGCCUAAACAAAUUAUUGAUGAGAAAGAUACUCCCCCGCCAUCUGUUAAGAAAGCAGAAUUGCUAGAACCAUCGACGGAAGAUACGGCGGCUCCUUUGAAACCCGAAACACUCCAAGUGUUGCCGCGUAUUUUAGCAAAAUACAAGUUACCUAAGAGAUUACCUAGCAAGUUUGUGGAACCAACAAUCGGAGGGAAACGAACUCCGAAGAAAGUUGAAAUAGUAGAAGAAAAAUUGGUAGAGAAAGGCUUGAAGGAGAAAGCGUUAGAGAGGAAAGAGAAUGAUAUAAGUAAAAAUACGAAAACCUUGGUCGAGAGAACAGUGGAAGAGAAAAACCAUGACAAAAUUGAAGGUACGAAAAUGACAAUGGAGGAAGAGAAAAAUACGAAGGUUCAGGAAAUUUCGGAACCAUUAUUUCUCUUUAAAGGUUCAAAAAAGAUUACAAAUAAAACGGAAAAUCCAGAAUCAAUACUCGAGGGAUUCGAGGGACUCGAGGAAAGAAAAAAUGGAAUCGUUGAACCUUCACCACUUGAUAUUGACACCGAUAAAAUUGUUGGUGUUCCUGAAACAGAGACUAAUAAGGAAAAACUUACAGACGAGACGAAAGAGAGACAUGAAUCGAAGGAAAAAUGGAUUCCUUCCAAAUUAUACGAAUACAUGCCAAAAAAAAUAUCUAUACCGAAGAAAAUAUCUGUGUCUAUACCGAACAAAAUACGUGUGCCUAUGCUAAAGAAAAUACCUAUACUGGGUGGGAAAUAUAAGUCUGAACCAAAUGCAAUUAAUUCCACAAGAUCUCCAGUAAAUGAUGACAGUGAUAAAAACAACAAAAAUUCAAAGGUAAAUAAUCCAACAAAGCCACUUGUAAACGAGAAGAAUAAAAAAAACAACAGAAAUAAUCCCAUUUUCAAUCCUUCGCAACCCAUGAAAGAAGAAACAAUAAAUAAGAAUGCGAAAGAUAAAAUAAAUCGUCAUUCCAAUGAAGGAAAUCCUGAUACAAACAAAUCAUUAAUUGUCACUAACAGUAAAGAUUCGCCUGUUUCGCCAACUCAGAAUACUGAUACUGAAUUAGGAAAUCGAGAAAAUUCUCGCGAAAACCGCGAACUACAUGAAUCAUUGACGAAACCACAGUUUGAAGAGGAACUGGACGUUGAAAGAGAUGGAAAACCCGAACUCCAGAUAACUAAAACACAAGAGGAAAAACCAACUAAAAUGAUGCACGCCAACGUGCAGUCUGAAAAUGAACUUUUAUCUACGCAGCUUGCCGAAUUAGAAUCUCAAACGAUAUGUACAAAUCAUUUGGGCGAUUGUGCCACGACCGAAAAGAGUACGUGCAACUGUUGUUAUUUACCGACACAUCGAUCCAACAACGAACAAUCUGUGAAUUAUCCUAAAAGUUGCUUAAAAAGGGGAAGGCAAUGUUGUCACACGAUUUCUCAAGAAAGUGAUCGUACAAUUCCAUACCAUGAUGAAAGAAAAAACUGGGAAGAGUGUGGCUGUAGAAGAGCAAUUCCUUGCAGAAAUUGUCACGGGCCACGGAAUGAAUGCAGGUUGACGGUUAACUGCGUGAAUUGUUGCAAAUCGCGAAAUAAGCGUAAACUAAUUUGCGAAAGGCGAAGCAGCAGUGGAUGCAUGAAAUCGAUGGUCUGUCUUUAUUGCGACAAUCCACGCGACAAGUGCACGUGCAGAGCGCCGAUACAAACAUGUUCGUACUGUGAACUGUCCGUGGAUCAGUGCAUGUGCAAGGAUCAGAGAACAAUUUGCGAUGGAAGACCGGUCCCGACCGAGCCUGAUAACGAUCGCACCAUGUACGUUACUGCAUGGAGGCCUAGAGAAGAAGUACGACGCUACUUCUCUAGGAACUUGGUCGAUCUUAAAACCGAUCGGAUCGGUGAAUGCUGCUACUGCGAGAAGCUCAAGCAGCACAACUCCGAUGACCUUCCUUAUCAACGGCUAAGCGUCUUUUCCGACGUGAUGGAUGAAUUACAACAAAAAAUAAUCGAAUCCACUUGUUGUGCACGAUGUAAAAAGAUUCCUUGCUGUUGCAACAUCACCAUAGAGAACGACGAAAGUAAAGAGGAUAGGAAGAUAAAGUACUAUAUUAGCCCUAAAACACGACGAAAAAUUAUCGCGGUAUGUAUGGAGAAAGCAAACAAUAAUUGCAAGUAUGAGUCUAAUCGCGCAAAGAGCGAUAAACAGAACAAGAUAAUAGUAGCUGUUUGCUGUGUUUGCAAAGCAACACCCUGUAGAUGCAAGAGGCCCAAAUCCAGCCAGAAGAAAUUGAAAGCGAGAUGUUAUUACUGUAAAAAUUCACCGUGCACAGAGCGCAACAAGUCGAGGCCAUGCAGGUGCACUGAUUCACCUUGCCGCGGGAAAGAGAAGGAGAGAGCACACCAUGCGGAAAAAUAUCCACGAAACCGAAGAAUAACGACGAAAGGACAAUUUGCGUGCACUAACGUGACACCUGUGAAAUGUUACACUGAGUGUUCUGUUGCUGCAUUUUGUCCGAAAUUGAAGGGAGAAAAUGGAUUUAAGACUUCGGAACAGCUGUAUUACAGAAAAUAUUCGAAACUGCUAGAGUUGUCAGGAGUAGGGAGUAUCUUAGGCUUCAUACAAGACGCUGUCUCCUCCGCUUUAUUAGAU